AUGAAUGUCCUAUUGACGCUUCCUCAGCCGGAAUUAUUUAAGACGACGGUGAUUCCGUGUUUGGUGAAACACAAUCUGAUCAAGUCGGAAGCAAUUCUCUCCAACUUACAUUCGAUUUUUUACGUCGCUAUAUUUUACCAUAUCUGGUUCCUUUUCGGUAAGUGGAUCCUAUUCCCACCGCUGGUUAGAUGGAAACUGAACUACGAUCAAGUGCAUGGCGAAAAGAAAGAUGAGAAGGUUAGUCCUGAACGUCAAGCUCAACAUUACAAGAAGAAAAGCACCUCUUUGAUCAACCAAAGUUCCGUUCACUUGAUAUCUCUUCUACAAAGCAUAGUGGUUUUAUACUACUCAUUGAAGUUCUUACUAGAUCCAAAGGCGUCAGCCGAGCCCUAUCAAACUUCACAUUCUCGAGUAUUUGCAGAAACCAGAGACACCCAAGUCAUCUGUAUUUUCGCCAUUGGUUACUUCGUUUGGGACAUUUACAUCUCCACCAUGUAUUCCACCUUUCCCUUUGUUGUCCACGGAAUCAUCUCCACAGUGGUGUUCUGCAUCGGAUUGAAACCGUACAUCCAGUACUAUGCUCCUGUGUUCUUGAUGUUCGAAUUGUCGAACCCCUCCUUGAACUUCAGAUGGUUCGGUAUCAAAUUCUUACCCCACAAAAGUAAAUUCUGCUCCUUAAUGCUGCUGCUGAACAAUAUGGCCCUCAUGGUCAUCUUCUUCGUGGCCAGAAUCGCCUGGGGGUGGUACCAAAUUGGGAAGCUAUCCUACGACUUCUACCAGGUGCGCAACGAACCCGGAUUUGCUGUCUUCGACACCAUCGUCAUCCUCGCAGGUAAUUUUGUCCUGGACGUCUUAAACGUAAUCUGGUUCUCUACCAUGGUCUCUGUAGCUGCAAAGGUCUUUAAGAAGGGGAAAGCCGAAGACAAAGUCACUAAGACUGAGAAAUGA